AUUGUACAUCUGAAUUAUCUACUACUAUCCCUACGGCUCAUGAACAACAAAAUUAUGCUGAAUGGGAAGACAAAAAGAUUAAAAUACAACAAAAAAAAUUAGAAUUACUUAAAGAAGAAAUUUAUCUUC